UAGGCAAAGAGGCUGGGGAUUGGCGGCCCGGCGGCGACGUCCGGUCCCUCUUCGGGCGGCCUUCCGCUUUGGCGGUCGCCCGGAGGAACUGGGAGAGCUUUGUGCGGGAUUUCGGCUGCCUCGGCCCCUGCGGACGCAAUGAGGUCAGUGAGCUACGUGCAGCGCGUGGCCCUGGAUUUCAGCGGCAGCCUCUUCCCGCACGCCAUCUGCCUCGGGGAUGUGGAUAACGAUAAGUUAAAUGAGCUCGUGGUGGGCGACACUAGUGGAAAGCUCUUCGUGUACAAGAAUGAUGACAGCCGGCCAUGGGUCACCUGCUCCUGCCAGGGGAUGCUGACUUGCGUUGGGGUUGGAGAUAUAUGCAACAAAGGGAAGAGGACUUCUCAGAUCUGGCUUAUGGUAGUGCUGAGGAUUGAACCUGGGACCUUAGAGCCUCAGAACCUGGUGGUGGCAGUGAGCGCAGAAGGCUGGUUUCACCUGUGUGACCUGACGCCUGCCAAGGCCCCAGAUGCAUCUGGCCACCUUGAACCGCCAGUGGAGGAGCAGCGGCCCAUCUUCAGGCAGCAUAUCCCUGCCAACACCAAGGCCAUGCUCAUCAGCGACAUCGAUGGGGAUGGGCGUUGCGAGCUCCUGGUAGGCUACACUGACCGCGUGGUGCGCGCCUUCCGCUGGGCUGACCUGGGCGAGGGCACAGAGCCCCCCACAGGGCAGCUGCUAUCCCUCAAGAAAUGGACGCUGGAAGGUCAGGUGGACAGUCUCUCGGUGGCCCCCGGGCCCCUGGGCACACCUGAGCUUAUGGUCUCCCAGCCAGGCUGCGCCUAUGCCAUCCUGCGCUGCACCUGGACCCAGGAUGCUGGGCACCCCCCCAUCCCUAAGGGCACUGCAGAGGGCAGCAGGGAGACCCCCACUGUGCGCGAUGUGGUCCUGCACCAGACCUCAGGCCGCAUCCACAACAAGAACGUCUCCACCCACCUAGUUGGCAACAUCAAACGAGGCCAGGCCUCUGAGAGCAGUGGCCCCAGUCUCUUCGCCCUCUGCACCCUGGAUGGGACACUGAAGCUGAUGGAGGAUGCUGACCGGCUCCUGUGGUCAGUGCAGGUGGAUCACCAGCUGUUUGCGCUGGAGAAGCUGGACGUCACAGGCAAUGGACAUGAGGAAGUGGUCGCCUGUGCCUGGGAUGGACAGACAUACAUCAUCGAUCACAAUCGCACUGUGGUCCGCUUCCAGGUGGAUGAGAAUAUCCGCGCCUUCUGUGCAGGCCUAUAUGCCUGCAAGGAGGGCCACAACAGCCCCUGCCUGGUGUAUGUCACUUUCAACCAGAAGAUCUAUGUGUACUGGGAGGUGCGGCUAGAGCGCAUGGACUCCACCAACCUGCUCCAAAUGCUGGAGGCUGAGCCUGAGUAUCAGCAGCUGCUGCAGGCGCUGGGUGUGGACCCUGAUGACCUCCCAGCUGUCCGUGCUCUGCUUCACCAAACCCUCUACCAGCCAGCCAGUGGCAACAUCCUAGAGCCCACCUCACUGGGUGAGGCUCCAGACUGAAGCAGGGCCUGAGUACCCCCACCGUCUCAACAGACGGAGCUUCAUGGAGCAGCAGGGCAAGAUGGCAACCAGCCCAGAAUGCAGACCUGAGGAGCUUUCUGUGAAGAUAGCUGAGCAGACCCUCUACUUACUUCCUGGCAAGGCCCAUCACUUCAUGGGCUGAGUAUCCAGCUCUUUCUCUUCCCCAGACUCUGUGUAUGGCCCAGCACCCUUGAGAGACUACACCUGGGGCUCAAGGAAGGAGCACUACUUGCUGAACCUCAGCCUCACCCUGAUCAGGAGUGGCUACCAUGGCAGCCAGAGUGCCCUUAGCUGGCAGCUGGCUCCUCCAGGCCUAUGAGGCUAGCCCCACUCGCCAUUUCAGCAGCAGCCUUGAGGUGACUCCCCCACUAACCAAGAGACUUGCCCCACACUA